ACUCACUUUUGACUUCCUUUGCAGCCCAAUAAUUUCUUCUUCUCAUCACAAAAAUAUAGCCAAUUUUGAAACUGCUAAAGCCUUUUCCACUGAACCUCUUUGCUUUGCUUUGCUUCUGAUCUGUUGGUUUUUUCUUUUCUUUCUGUAAUCGGAAACAAUGCCUAUAGAAGGGAUCUUUGUCUCUGGCUUCGUCAAUUUGUUGUUUGGGAAGAUGACCUCUUUUGCCUCCUCGAAAUUACCAACCUUUGAAGGAAUUGAUACCCAGCUGACCAAUUGGACCAAUAUGCUGUCUCAAAUUGAAGCUUUUCUGAUUGACGCGGAGGAGAAGCAACUGACAGAUCGAGCCGUGAACCUGUGGCUCGACGAUCUCCAGGAUCUGGCAUAUGAUUUGGAUGAUUUAGUGGAUGAGUUCGCCACCGAAGCUUUGCAACACAAGCUCAAGGCAAAGCAGCCACAAGCUAGUUCCAGCAAGGUAUGGAACCUCAUCCCUAAUUUCAAGCCAAGAGAUGUUUUGUUUAAUUUCAAGAUGAAGUCCAAGAUUGAGGAGAUCAAUACCAGAUUGCACAAUAGUUUUGAACAAUGUUCAAAACUUAAUUUGGUUAAGAUUGUUGGAACCACCCCUACACCUACGACUAAGACUUGGCAAAGACCAGACUCUACAUCUUUAUUUGAUGAACCUCACAUUUAUGGCCGAGAAUAUGAUCAAAGAAAGAUAAUUGAGUUGCUCGUAAGGGGGGAUGAAUCAAGUCAUAACAACAUUGGUGUAAUUCCCAUUGUGGGUAUGGGUGGGAUUGGCAAGACCACCCUUGCUCAGAUGGUAUACAAUGAUGAAACUGUGCAGAAGCAUUUCGAUCUAAAAGCCUGGGUCUGUGUGUCAGAUGAGUUCAACAUUAUGAGAAUAACAAAAGCAAUUCUUGAGUCAGUGACUUCCCAGACAUUUAGUUUUAAUAACUUGGACCAAGUUCAGGUUCAAUUAAAGCAGGCUUUGGCUGGAAAGAAGUUCUUAAUUGUUUUAGACGAUGUCUGGAACAAAAAAUACAGUGACUGGAAUGUUUUGAAGAAACCUUUCAAUGAUGGAGCCCAAGGGAGUAAAGUCGUGGUGACUACACGUGACAGAGAAGUUGCAGGAAUGAUGACAACUGUUGAACUUCAUGAAGUUAAUAUCCUUUCAAAGGAGGAUUGUUGGUCAUUGUUUGCACAACAUGCCUUUGCGAAUACAUGUAUUGAUGCAAAUCCAAAAUUGGUAUCAAUUGGUAAGGAAAUUGUGGAGAAAUGUAAAGGUUUGCCUCUAGCUGCUAGGACACUCGGUGGCCUUUUACGCAGCAAAGUACGAGAUGAGGAAUGGAUAAAUGUAUUGCGUAGUAAAAUAUGGGAUUUACCACACACAAAGAGUGACAUCCUUCCUGCUUUGAGAUUAAGCUAUCAUGAUCUCCCUUCGCAUUUGAAGCAGUGCUUUGCAUACUGCUCAAUAAUACCCAACGACUAUGAAUUUGAGGAAGAGGAACUAGUCUUGUUGUGGAUGGCGGAGGGCUUCAUCCAGCAACAAAGAGAUAAGCAAAUGGAAGAUGUAGGAGGUGAGUACUUUCGGGAAUUGCUGUCAAGGUCUUUUUUCCAACCAUCAAGAACCGGUAAAAGCUCUAAAUUUGUGAUGCACGACCUCAUCAAUGAUUUGGCUCAAGUAGUUGCAAGAGAAACUUGUUUUAGAUUGGAGGAUAUAUUGAAAUAUCCGGAGCAGUGCAAGACUAUAAAGAAAGCUCGACAUUCAUCUUAUAUGCGGGAGCAAUAUGAGGGUAUGAAAAAAUUUGAGAUUUUCAACAAAGCCAUGCAUUUACGAACCUUCUUACCAUUUAACUUACCAUCCUUCUUACCAUUUAACUUACCAUAUGGUGUGAAUUGUCAUUUGGCAAGCAAUGUUCCCUUUAAUCUAUUGCCGAAGCUAAGACGCUUGAGGGUGCUCAAUAUGAGUAGUUAUGACAUCAUAGAAGUUCCAAAUUCUGUUGGAGAUUUGAAACAUCUGCGGUAUCUUAACCUAUCCAACACUAACAUUGAAGAAUUACCUGAAUCACUAGGCUCUCUUUACAAUCUACAAACAUUGAUGUUAAGAGGAUGUAGACAACUGAAAAAGUUGCCAACAGACUUGGGAAACCUAAUUGACCUACGUCAUCUCGAUACUACAAAUGCACAUUCCUUAAAAGAAAUGCCAUUGGGAAUAGGUAAGUUGGCUAGUCUUCAAACACUGUCCAAUUUCAUUGUUACUAAAGACAAUGGGCAUUGGUUAAGAGAGUUGGGGAAUUUAAUUUAUCUUCGGGGGAAGCUUUGCCUGUCUGGGUUACAGAACGUGGUGGUUCCAUUAGAUGCAAGGGAGGCAAAUUUAAAUGAUAAGAAGGGGUUAGAUGUGUUAUCAAUGGAAUGGAGUGUUAACUCAGAUGAUUCACGAGAUGGAAGAGUUGAAACAAAAGUGCUUGAUAUGCUACAACCUCACAAGAAUUUAAAAGAGCUCCAUAUCGAAGGCUACCUUGGUAUAGGAUUUCCGAAUUGGAUAGGAGAUCCUCUAUUCUCCAAUAUGGCUGACCUAAGUUUAGAUAAUUGUGGAAAUUGUGUAUCCUUGCCACCACUCGGACAACUACCCUCGCUCAAAAAGCUUUACAUUAAAGGAAUGAGUGUACUAAAACAUGUCGAUCAUGAGUUUUACGGGCAGGGUAGUGCCAAACCUUUUCAAUUACUGGAGACUCUAAGCUUUAAGGAUAUGCCGGAAUGGGAGUAUUGGUAUACUUUUGAAGAUGAUAAGGAAGUUGAACCAUUUACUCAUGUUAGUGAGCUCUCCAUCAGAUCACAAAGAAGUUCAACCAUUCACUCGUGUCAAGUCUCUCUCCAUAAUAAAAUGUCCCAAACUUCUUAAAAUGUUGCCUACUGAUCUACCUUGUUUGAAUAAUCUAGAGAUUAGGGACUGCCCCAAACUCUGUGGAAUGAUGCCCAAGGAUCUACCUUGUUUGAAUAAUCUAAACAUUUCAGAGUGCCCGCAAUUCCUAGUUGAAGGUUCCAGCAUUAGCCUUCCGUCACUCACCUCGAUAGCUAUGAAUGACGUUCCUCUAACAAGCCUUCAAGCGGUCCUUGAGAUGAGGAGCAUGGUUGAUGACGAACUGAUAUCAGCAAAUGCAAAGUCUAAGCAUCCGAGUUCAAUAACUUCCUUGAGCAUUGGGAUGAUUAAGAAACUCGAGCUCUUGCCGAAAUGGGUUACUCAUUGGCUGAUGGAACUCGAAGCAUUGGAGAUCACAAGCUGUGAAGAACUCAAGACAUUGUGGAAGAAAGAGGAGAGAGUGCAACACAGUCUGAGUCUCCCUGCAUUCCGGCAUUUGAAAAUUAAAGGCUGCCCCCAGCUUGUUUCUUUGUUUGAAGAAGAUGAGGAUGAAGACAACAAAGGGCAACAUGAGCAGCAGCAGCAGCAGCAGCAAGAGGGACUCCCCUGCAUAGUGAGGAGGCUUGAGCAUCUAACAAUAGAUAAUUGUGAAAAGCUGGAGAAACUGCCACGGCUGCUACAUAGCUUCACUUUUCUUGGAGAGUUGUAUGUCUAUAAGUGUUCGAGUCUCAGCUCUUUUCCGGAGACAGGUUUUCCGUGCACGCUGAAAACACUCAGGAUAGGUGAUUGUGAGGCUCUGCAAUCCUUAUUCGGGUGUUUAACACAGAUUAAUGACAGUAAUCUUCAAGUGUUAGAUGUUCAAGAUUGUCCAUCCCUCACAUGCUUGAUAUCGUGCAGAGGUGGGGGGCUACCACCCACACUCAAAGAGCUUGAGAUUA